UGGGCUGCAGGGGCAGCGCAUACACUACAAUGGCUGCUGGAAAGAGGCGUAAGGAAACAAUUUCCAGGCCCGCCGCGUCCAGCCCGAAAUAUGAGAAAAAAAUUAUUAGAAAUUCCGCGGGCGGUGUAAAGGCGGCGGACGGGCCGGAGGGAGGAUGUUAAAGCCCCGCGAUUGGCCAAAAUGGGAAGGACUGGAUUCCGCUCUCUUCCACGAAGAGUCAAUGGGACUGGCUAAGAUCAAGGUCUGAGGCAUUUUCCACCUGUCAUCAGUCCCUUUUUGCUUUCUUUUACGACCACAUGAAACUUGAGAAGCCACCUAAAGCUAAAUCAUUUAGUGGAGUUGGGCAGUUCCCAAGUGUCCAACAAGAAGGCCUGCUUUAGGCUGCGAUGGCCACUGUCAUUCCUGGUGAUUUGUCAGAAGUAAGAGAUACCCAGAAAGUCCCUUCAGGGAAACGUAAGCGUGGUGAAACCAAACCAAGAAAAAACUUCCCUUGCCAACUGUGUGACAAGGCCUUUAACAGUGUUGAGAAAUUAAAGGUUCACUCCUACUCUCACACAGGAGAGAGGCCCUACAAGUGCAUACAACAAGACUGCACCAAGGCCUUUGUUUCUAAGUACAAAUUACAAAGGCACAUGGCUACUCAUUCUCCUGAGAAAACCCACAAGUGUAAUUAUUGUGAGAAAAUGUUUCACCGGAAAGAUCACCUGAAGAACCACCUGCACACGCAUGACCCUAACAAAGAGACGUUUAAGUGUGAAGAGUGUGGCAAGAACUACAACACCAAGCUUGGCUUCAAACGUCACCUGGCCUUGCACGCCGCCACCAGUGGUGACCUCACCUGCAAGGUCUGUCUGCAGACGUUCGAAAGCACCGGCGUGCUCCUGGAGCACCUGAAGUCCCACGCGGGCAAGUCGUCCGGCGGCGUGAAAGAGAAGAAGCACCAGUGUGAGCACUGCGACCGCCGCUUCUACACCCGGAAGGAUGUCCGCAGACACAUGGUGGUGCACACUGGAAGAAAGGACUUCCUCUGUCAGUACUGUGCACAGAGAUUCGGGCGGAAGGAUCACCUGACUCGUCACAUGAAGAAGAGUCACAACCAGGAACUCCUGAAGGUCAAAACAGAACCGGUGGACUUUCUGGAUCCAUUUACCUGCAAUGUUUCUGUGCCUAUUAAAGAUGAGCUCCUCCCGGUGAUGUCCUUACCUUCUAGUGAACUGUUGUCAAAGCCAUUCACAAACACUUUGCAGUUAAACCUCUAUAACACUCCGUUUCAGUCCAUGCAGAGCUCGGGCCCCGGCCACCAGAUGAUCACGACUUUACCUUUGGGAAUGACGUGCCCGAUAGACAUGGACGCUGUCCAUCCUUCUCACCACCUUUCUUUCAAGUACCCGUUCAGUUCUACCUCAUACGCGAUUUCGAUUCCUGAAAAAGAACAGCCACUAAAGGGGGAAAUCGAGAGUUAUCUGAUGGAGCUACAAGGUGGCGUGCCCUCUUCAUCCCAGGAUUCCCAGGCAUCAUCAUCUAAACUAGGGCUGGAUCCUCAGAUCGGCUCCCUAGAUGAUGGUGCAGGGGACCUCUCCCUGUCCAAAAGCUCAAUUUCCAUCAGUGACCCCCUAAACACACCAGCCUUGGAUUUUUCCCAGCUGUUUAAUUUCAUACCCUUAAAUGGCCCUCCCUAUAAUCCUAUAUCAGUGGGGAGCCUCGGAAUGAGCUAUUCCCAAGAGGAAGCGCAUUCUUCUGUGUCUCAGCUGCCCCCCCAGACCCAGGAUCUUCAGGAUCCUGCAAACACUAUAGGUCUCAGCUCCCUGCACUCGCUGUCCGCAGCCUUCACGAGUAGCUUCAGCACAAGUACCACACUACCACGUUUCCAUCAGGCUUUCCAGUAGGAGUCCAGGACGUGGACGGAAUACAGAAAUCUGUGUGUAGCCCGCCUUAGGUGACCGUUUGUAUUUUAGUGCCUACUUUAAAACAGCAUAAAAAUGUCCGCUUUUGUACAGUACCAAUUUUCAUUAAGCCAGUAUGAAGUAGAAACGAGCUUUUAUAAAUGAGCUUUGGAACCGUUGGCGUUCA